AUGUCUCAAAAAGCUCUUUUACUUGAGGAGGUGGGCAAACCGUUGACCGUAGGGCACAGAUCAAUCCCAGAGCCUAGUGAGAACCAGUUACUGGUCAAGGUCCUUGUUGCUGGCCUAAACCCCCACGACCAGAGAACCCGUGACGAUGGCCUGUUUAUUAGCAGCAUGCCGUACAUCAUUGCCAGCGACAUCGUCGGUGAAGUAGUGACUGUCGGAGCCGGAGAGCACUCCGCCAAGUUCACGCUUGGAGAGCAUGUUUUUGGACACACCUUUGCUGAAGGGGGCUUCAACAAUGACUUCAACGCUGCGCAGCAAUAUGCCCUCGUUGAUGCGAGGUUUGUGGGCAGGGUUGCCGGGAGUGGGUUGACUGACGACGAGGCAUCGACAAUUCCAGUCAUCGUUCUAGCAGCAUUUAUUACCCUAUUUGCCCCCUCGGGUCAUGGAAUUCCUGCUCCUUUCGCAUCUGAGGCCAAGUCAUUUGAAUACUCUAGUAUCAGCCUUCUCGUCAUCGGAGGUGGCUCCAACACGGGACGAGCCGUCGUUGAGCUUGCGAAGUUGGUGGGAAUAGGUCAGAUCCUUGUGAUUGCUGGGAAACAGAAUGAAGCAAACCUCAAGGCCAUCGGAGCUACUCACUUUAUCGAUCGAAGAGAUGCCGAUGUCCUGGACCAGGUCCGUGCCAUUACAGGAGAUGAGUUGAUCUACGCUGUUGAUACCGUCAAUGCUGGCUUGGAUCAAGAGCUCGGUGUCGCGGCGCUGUCAAACAAGAAAAAGGGAACCUUGAUUACUCUUCGUCGACCGGACGGAGAUUUUGAUGCUGCUAAGAUAGGGCCCAAGGCAGCUGGAUAUGAGCGGCGUCUUGCGUUUGGUGUAUCCCCGAUGCACCCGGAGCUGACCACGAAAUUCUGGGAGGAGGUUCCUCGUUGGUAUAACGAAGGAAAACUUCACUCAAGUAGCUUCGAGGUUAUUAAAGGUUUGGAUGCAGAUGCUGUGAACAAGGCACUCGAUAAAUAUCGAGAUGGAGCCGGGGUUAAAGUGAACAUACACCCUUGGGAAUAA